AUGGCGGCCUACAACAUUGCGCGCUCCCUCCAGGGUCAUGGCGGCGCGAUCCGCGCGAUCUGCCAGGUCGACGACGUGCUCGUGACAGGCUCCAUGGACGCGGCCGCGUACGUCUGGUCGUCUACCUCGUCGAUCGAGCAGUCGAUCUUCGACCACAACCACUGGGUCACGGCGCUCACGACGCUUCCAUCGACGCAUGCCACGCGCCUCGGCGGCCACGGCUUUGUCUCUGGCAGCAUGGACACCAACAUCCGCGUCUACCUCAAGUCGGCGGGCAGCGGAUUUGCGUGCGCGAUCGUGCUCAAGGGCCAUACGAGCGGAGUCAUCUCCCUGGCGUGGCUGGCGUCCGAAGUGCUUCUCUCGGGCAGUUGGGAUGGCACCUGCCGCGGCUGGGACCUCGCGACGCAAACUUGUACGUUCGUCUUGCCCAACCAUGAGAACGGCGUAUGCGUGCUUGGCCUUGAGAACGGCUCGAUUGUCACGGGCUCGACGGGCCGCCAAGAGGGCAACCAAGUCGUCGAUGCAGUUCUUCGCGUAUGGCAGCCAUCCGCGACCGGCAACGACUACACGCUCGCAUCGACGCUCAAGGACCAUCAAGGUCCGAUUCGCCAGCUCGUGCCGGUUCCCGACAUUGGUUUUGCCUCGUGCUCCAACGACGGGAGCGUCAAGCUGUGGACGUCGGGCGGUGACGUCGUCAUGAGCUGCAGCCACCCACUCAACCACGAGGGCAAGCCGGGGUUUGUGCUGGGGCUUGCGUACCUUGCCCAGAGCCGCCAACUCGUGUCGGCCAGCGAAGACUGCACGGCGUGCGUCUGGUCGCUCGAUGGUUCGCUGCUGCAGACGAUUGCGCAUCCCCAAGGUCUCUGGUGCGUCACAGCACUCAAUGGCACGGACUUUGCUACCGGCGGCGACGACAAGAUUGCCCGCGUCUUCAGUACCUCGGCGACCAUGGAGUCGUCGGCGGCCGAGAUCCUUACGCUCCAAGAGCAAGUCGACACGGCAGCGAAAGCGCGCCAGCGUGGUCCGAGCGCUGUCGAAAUCGAAAAGCUGCCCGACUACCUUCAGCGCGCGUCGCGGACGGGUCCAUCGGACGGCUUUAUCCAGAUGUUCCGAAAGGGCAACGCCGCGUGGGCCUGCCAGUGGAGUGGUCCGUCGCAGACGUGGCUCGAUAUUGGCGAAGUCACGGGCACAGGGUCGGGUGGCGUCGUUGACGGCGAGUCGUUUGACCUCGUGAUUCCGGUCGAGAUUGAAACACCCAACGGCCUCCAAAAGUUGCAAAUCGGCUACAACCAAGGGCAGAACCCGUUCCAAGUCGCGCAAGCCUUUAUCGACAAGCAUUUCUUGCAGCAAAGCUACCUCAAGGAGAUUGCCGAUUUUAUCACGGCGCAGUCGGGCAGCUACCAGGCGCCGGUGCUUGGGUCGGCCGCGCCUGCGGCCCCCGCAGCCCCCGUGACUUUUACAUCGACGUAUUUUCCCGUCAAGGCGUACAGCUCGUUUGACUCGACCAAGGUGACCAAGCUGCUAUCAACAGUCGUGCAGUUCAAUGCAGCCGUGGCCCCGACGGUUGCACUCACGGACGCCGAGCUGGAGACGCUGGCAGCGUUGCUCACAACGCUGACGCAGACCUCGUACUACCAUUCGAGCCAAGUCGCGAGCGCCCAAGUCGACGUGGCGCUCAAGAUGGUCGAGCACUGGCCUGCCGCGCAGGUGUUUCCAGCGUUGGACGUAUGUCGUCUCGUGGCCCUUCACCCUGUUGGUGCGAGCGUAUUGAGUCGCAAGGCGCCAUGGCUCCUGGAACGGUGUCUUGCCCUCGGCGCCGACUCGAGUGCGGCCGUGCCCAACCCCACGCGCAUGCUGGCGUGGCGUGUGCUCUGCAACUACUGCGUGCACGCAUCGCUUCGGUCGACGCUCGUGCAGGCCUCGGCAAAUGUUGAGGCGAAUCUUGCGUUGGCGUGGUCGCUUGCCAGCGGCAACAAGACGCUGGCCGUCACACUGGCCACGCUGGGUUUGAACUUGGCCGUUGCGGUGGCUGCCAAAGAGCGCGACGCGUCUGUGGCGCUUGCCUCGGUGCUCAGCACGUUGGCGGCAACCGACGCCCUCGACGACGACACGUUUGGCCGUGUUCUCCUCGCCAUUGCGACGCUGAGCUCGGUCGCACCCCACUUGUGGCCGUCGCUGCCAUCCGCCGCGACGUUGCGCCCCCGUGCGUCCACCUCGCCGUCGCUUCUCGCGAUUCUCGACGACCUCGCGGCCGCGUCACGCGCAUAA